UCGAUAACUUACCAAAUCUCCAAUCUUUUGUCAUAGAUGAGUUACCUAGCAGUUUACGGAAACUGUCCGUUGGCUUUGUUGGUGGGAUUAUGUGGAAUACUGGGCCAACUUGGGAACAUCUCACUUCUCUUCAAAACCUUGAGAUUAUUAAUGCUCCCAAACUCUAGUCGUUGCCAAAGAAAGGAUUUCCUUCCUCACUUUCAGUACUAAGUGUGACUCGCUGUCCAUUACUAGAAGCAAGUUUUCGGACAAAGCGGGGGAAAGAGUGGCGUAAGAUUGCUCACAUUCCUUCCAUAGUUAUUAAUGACGAAUUGAUCACAUGAGUCUUGUUCGUAUCUACCAAGGGCUUCAAGUGUAAUUGAUGGCUUGCACGAAAAUGGCAGCAGCGACAUCUCUUUCUGUCAGGAGCGGAUGAGAAGGAGAAUACCAAUAUUGGUUAGAACAAAGAGGUACUUUAUCUGUACUUAAUCUAUGUUAGCUCAUUCAUGCAAGGGACUUUUGUUGAAGCCUGAAGUCCCUUUCUUCUUAGCACAACGAUGAUGCUUUUCUCCCUCCUUCAGUUUAAUUUUAUAUAGUUUUUGUUCAUGAUGGAUGCGGGAAGAGGAGGAGGAGAGAAAAAGUUGAAGAACUUAAGAGAAGAUUUUGAAAUGUAUCACAAUAACACCCAAAAGCUUGGAAAAGUUGCUUGGCAAAUCCGGAGAAUCAAAAUCCAUAUGGCAACUUUCAAACAAACAAGUCAGAAGUUAAAGACUCCAAUAUGGCGACUUUCAAACAGCUAUACCUGUCUUCAAUAGCUCCAAUCUUAGCUGAGAUGUCAAGGCAAGUAAAUCACUCUCCUAGAGGUCAGCAAAACUUGUCAAGUGUUAACUACUAUAGUAAUGCGUUUUAUUUUGUUAAAUAGUACAAGUUUUUAAGAUAGAGAUUGCAAACGGAUGUUUAAGCAAAUACUUUCUCUCUCUAUCUCUAUGAUUAUUUGACUGCAAUGUAUGCCUUUGUAAUUAUCUGUUUAUAAUAGAAUUAGAGUUUGAUCUAACUCCUUCCUACAAAACUAACUUAAUAGUAAAAAGUGACAUUCUAUAUAAACCUUGUUUUUAAUUUCUAUACAUAAUUAACUUGAAGCUUGAGAUUUUCCUAAUACACCUCUCACCACGGUUUAUCAAGGGAUACUUUUUAAGUAAUCGGGCAUUUCGAAAAUAUCUUCCUAGAGUUUUUCUUUUGAAGGCCCUUUUCCCAUGCAGAGCAACAAUGUCCCGAAUAUACACCUUAUUUGUUUGGGGAUCCUCGACAUUUUUAAUGGAUGUAUGAUUCUAGUCGAAAGUCCGCAGCAGCUUUCGGUUUCGCAGCUAGUUCAGUGAAAAAAAUUGGCCCUGCAUAGUGAAGUGAUUUGAAAUGCUGUGCACUUGACUUGGGUGACUAGCAAGUUCACAUUUGUCAGAAGUCAAUUCCCAGUACUGUUAUGCUUUCCUUGACACUCAAUAGAACUAGUAACCUGAGCUCUAAUUUGUGGACAUGUUUAGACAGACUUGAAGGCACUAGUGACAAUAUUAAGGAUCUAAUAUCCGAUAAUGUAAACUCGUUGUCCAAGAGCUCCUUAUUCAAGUUUACUCGGUUUAAUACCUCACCCUGCAAAACCAACUUUCUUCAUCAGUACAAAAGCGAAGGAUUCUAUAGACAAAUAAGGUGAAUUAUGUUGCUUAUAAGGAUGAUCAAAUGGCGUUUUAUCUGCCCCAACAAUCUGGUUUGUAUUUUCUCAACUGGAGGUAGAUUCGCCCAAUGGUUUUCUCCACAAAUCCAAAUGAUGUAUGGGAAUAUGCAGGCCUUCGUUGAGAGGUCCUCGACAAAAGUUAAGUUGAGCAUUCAUCCUAUAUUUCAUGCAUUCAGAAAACGAGCCAUGCAGGCAAGAGUUCAGUUGAGCAUAGCAACAAUAUAUCCAGUUCUGUUGCUGACAUUGCAGCAGAUUCAUCUUUUUCGUUGUUUUCAAACACACUCAAAUUUGAACCAUUUUCUUGACCUGUAAGAGGACAUGAGUUUAAUUAGUAAAAAUAUAUCACAGUAGAGUCAUUGCUAAGUGGUUCAAAAUUAGGAUGAAGGAAUUUUACAAUAUUUACAUAGUAAUAGGUUAUUAGACUGUUAUAUAAUUUUCAUUCUAAUAUUUCUUUUUGGCCAUUACUGAGUUGGAAAUUUCUAGAUUUUAGAAUAUCAAAACAAUGCUCACAAAUCGUUUGCAACUCCAACAGGUAGAUAGAUACAAAGAUACUCCCGAUGGAAACAACAAGACUUGACACCAUGGUUCUUGACGACAACCUCUAAUGAUUCUGAUGAACUACAACUACCUAGUGAAUGUCGCAAACCAUCGUUAUUUUUAUUCUUUAGCCCUUUGCAGAUCAACCAGGGGCUGAAGGGUGAUUGUGUGACUGGAACCAAGAUGGAAAAGACAUAAAAUUUUAACAUUUUCAAAGAUUCAAUUUUUUUUAAAGGAGAUAAAUUGAAUCUCAUAUAUAUUGCAGAAAUAUUGUAUAUUUAAUUUUUUUUAUAUUCACAUCAAUUAAACAACUUAAAAAAUAGGAUUGAAUUUCGGUGACGUAACUUCUGUAUCUCACACACUAGAAAAAACACACUCUUUCUCAUUCCAUUUCCCACCCUUUUUUUUUUCCUUUUUCCAUUUUCUCUUUCAUCAAAUACUCCUAUAACAAAAGUCACAUAAAGUCACCAAAAUCAAAGUCAGUAAAUCCUUCUCCGAAAAUCAGCAUACUUUCUAACAAUUUUCAUUCUUUCUAUUAUUUAUUUCAUUUCACUUUUUCUUUAUCUCAAAUAAAGUGAAAGUGGCUAACAAAUCUGUUAGUGAUUAUACUAUUAGGAGCGUGUGAGUUGGGUGGGAACAAAUCCUUUAUUUUUCUCAAUCUAUUCUUCUUCAUCUUCUUCUUUUUACUAACAAAGUAAGUAAUGGAGGCCAUCAAGAGAGAAAAACUCUUGUCACUCUCAAGCUUUGUGAAGGUGUUGUUAGAAAAGAUUGUUUGUACUACGCUUUCCAAAAAGGUGAAGGAAGCACUGGUGGAUCUUCAAGAUGUUCUUUAUUAUGCUAACAACAAACUCAUCCCUAGUCAACCUAACAACAAACUGCUGGAUUUGCUGAGACGUGAUGUUCUUCAAUUUGCCAAUUUGUUUCAAGACUCUCAUUUUUUACGGCAUUCAACCGUACUUAAUGCUAAGCACCUCAAAAUUCAUUAUCGUUUAACUUUUUUCAUUCAACGGAUUAAGUCUAGAACGGUAAAUUUAAUUCAAAUAUUACAAGGCUUAAGUUCACGUCGUAAUGAGUCUUCUAUUUAUGGAAGAGACUCUGAUAUUCAGAAACUGAAACAUCUUUUGUUGUCUAAUGAUAGCAGAAUGAUUUCUAUUGUUGGUAUGGGAGGGAUUGGUAAAACAGCCCUCGCUAAACACCUUUACAAUCUUCCACAAGUUAACGCCAAAUUUGAGUUCAAACUAUGGGCAGAUUUCUCAAGUAAUGUUGAUGAUUUCAGUGUUUUUGACAACAUUCUUCAAUCUAUUACUUCACAAACAACCACAAGUAAUGAUACAGGUACCAUUUACCCUAAUUUUUUGCUGGUAUUGGAUGGUGUGUGGGAUGCAAGAUCUGUCAAUUGUACAUUACUUAUGGAUAUCUUUAAUGCCGGGGAAUCAGGAAGUAAGGUCAUUGUAACAUCAAGAGAUGAAAGAGUUGCACUAUCCAUGCAAACCUUUCUUUCUCUCCACUAUCUGAGACCCUUGAAAUUUGAAGAUUGCUGGUCUUUACUUGCCGAACAUGCAUUUGGAACACGUAACGACCACCAACGAUCCACUCUAGAAGAAUUUGGCAGGAAAAUUGCAAGAAAGUGUCAUGGUUUACCAUUAGCUGCAGUAGCACAUGGGGCUCUUCUUCGCAUCUGGUCAAACCCGUAUUCUUGGAUUUAUGUGCUAGAAAGUCACGUUUGGGUUACAGCUUAUGAGGUGCAAGCUUCUCUCGAAUUGAGCUACAAUUUUCUUUCUGAUCCUUUAAAACGAUGUUUUCAAUAUUGUUCAAUUUUUCCAAAGAAGUCCAUCUUAGAAAAAAAGAUGGUAGUUCAUUUAUGGAUUGCAGCAGGCUUACUUGAAUCAUCGUCCACAGAUCAGGAAAAAGUUGGAGAAGAAUACUUUGAUGAACUAGUGUCAAGGUCAUUGAUACAUCGAUGGUCUAUUGGUGAUGAGGAAAUAAACUUUGGAAUGCACAACUUCAUCCAUGAUUUAGCUACAGAAGUUUAUUCUUCAUAUUGUAUCGGUAGGGACAAACAUAACCUAGUUGAUAGGAUGCAAAAUUUCUCAUACAAUAGAGGGACAUAUGAUUCAUAUCACAAAUUUGAUAAAUUAUACAGAGUAAAAGGUCUGCGUACCUUUCUAGCAUUCCCAUUACAAGAACAAUUGCAUCUUGGUUUGCUAUCAAACAAGGUAGUGCAUGACUUGCUGCCCUCAAUGAAACAAUUACGCAUGCUGUCUCUGUCAAGCUACAAGAGUAUCACCAAGGUUCCCAAGUCUAUUGGAAAUUUGUUAGACCUGCGGUACUUAAAUCUUUCUCACACUAAUAUUGAAAGGCUCCCUUCUGAAACAUGCAGGCUUUACCAUCUGCAGAUCUUGUUGUUGGCAGGCUGUGCAAGGUUCACUGAAUUGCCGGAGGACAUGGGAAAAUUGAUUAAUCUGCAGUACCUUGACGUUAGUAACACUGCAUUGAGAGAGAUGCCCAUACAAAUAGCCAAACUAGAAAAUCUCCACGCUUUGUCCGACUUUGUUGUCAGCAAACAUAAUGGUGGAUUGAAUAUUGCAGAGCUAGGAAAACUUCCCCACCUACAUGGAAAACUUUCAAUCUCCCAGCUACAAAAUGUUAAUGACCCCUUUGAAGUAGAUCGAGCCAAUAUAAAGAUGAAAGAACAAAUAGAUGAGUUAGCUUUGGAAUGGGAUUGUGAUGGUACUACUUUAGAUCCACAAAUUCAAAGUGAUGUGCUUGAAAAGUUGCGACCCUCAACAAAUUUGAAAAGUCUCACCAUCAAAGGGUAUGGCGGAAUCAACUUCCCCAAUUGGUUAGGUGAUUCUUUAUUUAGCAACAUGGUGCAUUUAAGGAUCUCGAAUUGUAAUGAUUGUUUAUGGCUUCCAUCCCUUGGAAAAUUGGGUAAUCUGAAAGAACUCGUUAUUGAAGGGGUGCAAUCAGUGGAGACAAUUGGUAUUGAGUUCUAUGGAAGUGGUGAUUCUUCGUUUCAGCCAUUUCCCUCUUUGGAGAGUCUACACUUUGAGAAUAUGCAAGAGUGGAAGGAAUGGGACUUGAUUGGAGAUACGGCAGCUACAAUGUUUCCUAAUCUAAAAACUUUAUCGCUAAGAAAGUGCCCGAAACUGAUAGCCGGAAACAUAACUGAAAAAUUUCCUUUCUUAACUGAACUCGAGUUAAGAGAAUGUCCUUUACUGGUUCAAUCAAUGCCAUUAUCUGAUCAUGUAUUCAGGCAACUGAUGUUCCCUUUGAAUCUUCUUCAACAACUAACCAUAGACGGCAUUCCAUCUUCAAUGUCUUUUCCAACAAAUGGUCUACCAAAAACGUUGAAAUUUCUGAUAAUCAAUAACUGUGAAAAUCUAGAGUUCCUUCCUCUUGAAUACUUGUGCAAUUACACAUCGCUUGAAGAAUUGAAAAUAUCUUAUAGCUGCAAUUCAAUGACAUCAUUUACCUUGGGUGCUCUCCCUGUUCUCAAGAGUCUGUUUAUUGAGGGUUGUAACAAGCUGAAAUCAAUAUCAAUUGCAGAAGAUGUGUCACUAAAGAGUCUCUCAUUUCUUAGAAGCAUCAAAAUAUGGGAUUGUAAUGAAUUGGAGUCAUUUACCCUAGGUGGAUUGGCCACUCCAAAUCUUCGCUAUAUUGCAAUGUGGAAGUGUGAGAAGCUUCAUUCAUUACCAGAAGCAAUGAACAGUCUAGCUGGCCUUCGAGAAAUGGAAAUUGAUAAUCUACCAAACCUUCAAUCUUUAGUCAUAGAUGAGUUGCCUAGUAGUUUACAGAAACUGUCUGUUGGCUCUGUUGGUGGGAUUAUGUGGAAUACUGAGCCAACUUGGGAACAUCUCACUUGUCUUUCAGUGUUGCGAAUCAACGGUGAUGAUACGGUGAACAUGUUGAUGGGGCCGUUGCUACCUACAUCGCUUGUGAAACUGUGCAUUUGUGGUCUUAAUGAUACAAGCAUUGAUGAGAAGUGGCUUCAGCAUCUCACUUCUCUUCAAAACCUUGAGAUUAUUAACGCUCCCAAACUCAAGUCGUUGCCAAAGAAAGGAUUUCCUUCCUCACUUUCAGUACUAAGUGUGACUCGCUGUCCAUUACUGGAAACAAGUUUGCGGAAAAAGCGGGGGAAAGAGUGGCGUAAGAUUGCUCACAUUCCCUCCAUAGUUAUUAAUGACGAAUUGAUCACAUGAGUCUUGUUUCGAAUUGUGUUUUGUGUCACCCCUGCUUCUUCCCAACCUUGCUGUUGUAAGAAGCCAAAUUCACCUCAAAACCUGCCACACUGUCCAGGAACAGAUGAAAAGGAGAAAACAGUACCAUUGACUACAAAUAUGUUAG